UACAACAACAAGUACAUCUUUGUUUGACCUUCUCUUCCAUAUUAGACCGCGAUAACAAACGGAGAAGAGCACGUUUUUUGUUUGUCCUCACAUAUGGUACUUUAAAAUUAUUUCUUCAAUAAUUAAUAUCAUAUUUGUCGUACAAUAUAUAAAGUGAAUAUUUUUUAUUAAACAUGGAUGAAAAAAGUGAAGUAAAGCAUACUCCGUUAACAGAAGAAAAUGAGAAUACUCAACCGUCUGAUGAUUUACUCGUGGACGCGACAAUUUCGCAUGUUACACCUACACCUGAACAUCAAUCCCAGCCCGACGAAGAUGCGGAUGGUGUCCAACUGAAGAAAGAAAUUAGUCUAUUUAAUGGAAUAACUGUGAUCGUGGGAUCCAUCAUUGGAUCUGGUAUUUUUAUAUCUCCUAAAGGUGUUUUAAAUUACUCUGGAUCCGUUGGGUUAUCUCUUCUUGUUUGGGCGAUAUCUGGCAUUUUUUCACUUGUUGGUGCGCUUUGUUAUGCCGAACUGGGAACGACGAUUGCCGUGUCCGGUGGCGAAUAUUCUUACAUCUAUGAAGCAUUCGGAGAGUUGCCAGCAUUUGUUCUCUUGUGGGUAACAUUAAUCGUCAUAAAUCCAACUGGUCAGGCAGUUGUUGCUUUAACAUUUGCGUAUUAUGUUGUUCAGCCAUUUUAUCCCGACCCAGAUUGUCCUCCUCCAGACGAAUUCAUAAGGAUUGCUGCAUUGUUAUGUUUGACUUUGUUGACGUUUAUCAACUGCUGGAGUGUGCCAUGGUCUACCAAAGUCCAAGAUAUUUUUACCAUUGCUAAGCUGUUGGCUCUUGUAAUUAUAAUAAUUGCAGGACUUGCCUAUAUAGGACAAGGUCAUACAGAAAACUUUAAAAAUUCAUUUGAAAACAAGAUCGGCGGUGAUGGAAGCAUUGCUCUUGCCUUUUAUAAUGGCUUAUUUGCUUAUGCUGGAUGGAAUUACCUUAAUUAUCUUACUGAAGAAAUAAAGGAUUCUCCCAGGAAUUUGCCAUGGGCUAUUAUUAUUGCUCUGCCAUUGGUGACUCUUGUCUACGUUUUAGCAAAUGUGGCAUAUUUUGCAGUUCUCGCACCCGAGGAGUUGAUGUUGUCAAAUGCUGUAGCCGUCUCAUUUGCUGUGAAAGUUCUUGGACCAAUGGCCUGGAUCAUUCCAUUUGGUGUCGCACUUUCAACAUUCGGGGCCGUUAACGGUGGAAUUUUAUCACAGUCAAGGUUAUUUUUCGUGGGUGCUCGAGAGGGACAGCUGCCUAAGUUGAUGGGGAUGAUUCAUGUGAAGCGGUGUACGCCUCUACCAUCCAUCUUCUUCACGUGCAUACUCUCAUGUAUGUAUGUGUUCGUAUCGGAGAUUGAUACUCUUAUCAACUACUUCAGCUUUGUUACCUGGCUUGCGAUUGGAAUCGCAGUUUGCGGUUUGAUAUAUCUGCGAUUUAAAAAACCCGAAUUGGAAAGGCCAUUUAAGCUUAAUAUUUUCUUCCCUAUAAUUUUUGUGUUGGCGUGUCUCUUUUUGACUGUAAUGGGAGUAAUCGAUGCUUUUUUGGACACAAUUAUUGGAUUGGUCAUCACCCUAACUGCUUUUCCUAUAUAUUUCUUAUGUAUCCGAUGGACGGAUAAGCCUGUUUGUUUCCUGCGAAUGAUAGCAUCUACAAGUUUUUGGUUCCAGAAACUCUUCAUGGUUGUUGGGCAACAGAAACUUGAUUAAUUAAAGGAGCUUCUUGUAAACAAAUUUACUGGAGUAAAGCAAUACGAUGAUGCCUAUACAAAUUUAAAUACAUAAAACUGCCUAUCAAAGACUAAUUUUUUUAUUACAACAGUGAUAGCCUUUCUCAAAAGCAACGAUAAAGAAUACAGUAAUGGUAAUGGUUCUAAGAAACGAAACUUUUUGGUGUUUUUCAUUUAAAAUGUGAUGAUAUCAUAAUGGGGGUUGAUCAGUUUAAAAUGUUUUUCUACACCGGUAAAAGAUACUUUGGUAUCAGUUUCAAUGAUUCAUAAAAAGAAUAAAUAUAAAAACAAAAACAAAUAAUUAAAAAAUUGUUUUGUUCCUGUCAAAUGUUUACAGGGACAAAGAUGUAUUUAAAACGAGUAUGGUACUUAAUUUAGUCUAAUAUUGGAGCGCAUUACUUCAACCAUCAUUUUGGUAUUUUGGAAAGGGUAAAAAAGCAUUCCGAUUAGAAAAAGAGUGAAGUUGUUUGCAUUUAUUUAUUGUGUGCAUGUACAUAUAAGCUAUUUUUGGCUUGUUAAUUCAUGUUUGUGUAAUUCCAGCAAAAGAACAGUGUUUAAAACACUUAUUGCAGUUAUUUAUACGUAGUUUUAGGUAUAUGUAUGCAAUAUACGUAAAUGAUUAUUUAAAAUAUACACAAAACAUAUGGAAUGUCUUUAAAUGUUGAAUUUAGUUGAAAAAUACAAUAGUGUCAGCUAGGUGAGACUGAUUAAAUAAUUUUAUGCAAGAAAAAUGCAGUCAUACUUGUAUCAUAGAUCAUGAUGUAUCAUUAACUACACUGUUGUGGUACUUGGCAUAUUUAAACAUACCAUCAUAAACAAAUUGUAUCGGGCCAACUUGUCAAGAGAUUGAGCAGCCUUUAACCUUAACCACGCCCGUAAGUAGGCUUUCUUAUGCGGCUUACCUAUGCCUCAGUGGGGUUUUUCAAGUUUUUGCUGUAAGGUGUCGGGGGAAUAUUGAUGGUCAUGGUGAAUUUCAUCACCAUUUUGAUGGUUCAAUUCAUUUGUGGGCUGAGAGAUUCGUUCGAGAAGUCCUUUGGCCGAACCUUGUUGCUGGUUCUUCAUGAUUGCUAUUCAUCCGACAUGCCAUAGUACAUAAAACAGUGAGACCAAAUGUUAGGGUUAAGUAUGCUCCACCAAUCAGCACCUCAGAUUUGCGUAAUAUCGUGAGAUAAAAGACCUUCCUAGUAAUGACUGGAGGAUCAUUACAACUUGAAGCUAGCAUACCUGUAUUUAUAUGAAACUCAGUCCACACUAUCAAAUUUUCUUUGACUGUUGUAUGCCCAUAUAUAGUCAUGAUGUACCCAUAUAUGGUCAUGAUGUGCCUAUAUAUGGUCAUGAUGUGAUGUCAUCAUGACCAUCUUUAGGCAUGUCACAUGUUUGUCAAAUAAAAGUGUUUGGACAAGGCUUAACUUUCUCACUACUCCUCAUAUUAAUUAUGCAAGGACAAAACUUUUUCAUGUUAAGUGGUAAUUGCUAAUGGAUUAAUUAUAAUCAUUAUAAGUAUACUUUGGCAGAUCCAGUAAGUGGGCACGGGGGUAACAUAUCCCAUUUUUGACACUAAAUUAACCUUCUCACUACUCCUCGUAUUAAUUAUAGCCAAGACAGAACUUCUCCAUGUUUUGUGGUAAUUGCUAAUGGAUUAAUUAUAAUCAUUAUUAGUAUACAGGGGUAGAUCCAGUAUGGGUGACAGCAACCCCCUCCACUAAAUUUUUAAAUAUCAGUGAAUGAAUGAAUGUGUUGCUGUCCACAGCAUUUAUUUUGUCCAAUACAGUAUACAUUUAGAAUACAUCAGAAAAUUGUCUUUUGUACACAACAGAUUUUUUAAGAAAAAAAGAAAAUGUGGAACGUCAAGGCAAAAUAAAAACAUCAAUACGGCGGAAAAACUGUACAUAAGUCAAUUAAAUAAUGAACAUUUAGAGAGAUUUUCUAUACAAAAUUCAAAAUUAAUAACAGUAUAAAAUGUACCUGUGUUUUGUGUUACUUGUCUAUUCUGAAACUGUUGUUUAAAAAGUUCUGGUUCCACCCCUGGUGUAAUAGAACUAUAUAACUAAGUUAAUGUACCAUUUUUGGAAUUCUUUUGAAGUCUUCCAACACAUUGACAGUACUAAAAAAAACACAAAAAAAACCAUACUUUUUGUUGCCACCUGUGUGUAAUCGUAAAUUGCAAAAUAUAUUAAAAUGCUUUUCUUUGAUACUUGCAAUGAAAAUUAAUCUUCUAUUGAGGGGAUAACUUUACGUUUUAAUUCUAAAUUGUAUAAAUGUUUUGUAUUUCAAUAAUUUAAAUUUCGUCUGGAAAGUGGAGAUAGGUAAUCAAUUGAAUCCCCUUAAAAUAUUCCUGAAAAUAUGUGUAUAGAAUUUCAUAAGCGCACUUGUCAUAGAAUGUUGGUGUGUUCUAAAUUAGUUAACUCAGAAAGCACAUGACUGCAACAUGCGAAAUGAGGCUAUUCUUUCUGUAUAUUGAUACACACUGAGACUGUGCAAUGUGUCCCUCAGACGAGACACUUUUUUAAUACCUUGUUGAGCAAACUUGCUGCCUGCCAAUAAUGAUGAUUUUGAUUAAAAAUGAAAUUUUGUUUUUUGGACACCCACCGCCAUGAAAAAAGUGUGUUCUUUAUUUUUACUACGCCAGCUGCUGCCUUAAAAUUUCCAAAAAUAAGAAUUGUAUAUUUCUUACUGAAUUUAACUAUCCUUUACUACACUGUUUACACUCACCAAUAACAUUUUAUUUUUUAUUUUCUCCAAUGUUUGGCAAAACUAUUUGCUAAAUAAGAAAAGUUUGUGAAACAAGGUAUAUGUGAAUUUCCUGCAAGUCCUUGAAAAUAUACUGCAUUAUACAGUAUGUGUUAUAAAAAAUAACGAAAAGCUUACCUUGUAUGGAGGACCCACCAAGAGUUAAGCCAUUGAGUUACCUGUACAAUUCAAAGUGUCAUAUUGUUGAUGUUACGAUGCACAUAUGUAGUUUAAGAACAUAAAUUAAUGUUGGCUUAAAAGCUGUGUUUGUACCCAACUAUAAGAUCAGUAGUGUAAAUAAAGAGUAGAGGUAGCUCUUUUGUAUG